CUCCUCUCCUCUCCUCUCCUCUCCAUUCACGCAAUGUAGACACCGACAGCGCUCCUGCUUUGUCUCUGAGCCUGUGGCUGGAGCUCUCCACACGCCAUGCCAUGGAUACUUUAUGGCAAUAUCAGUUCAGGAUCAUUUUGCUGGGCGACUCGACGGUGGGCAAAUCAUCUUUGCUCAAGAGGUUCACGGACGGCGUCUACAGCGAUGCAGCGGACCCGACGGUCGGGGUGGAUUUCUACGCCCGCUCACUAGACAUCGAGCCCGGGGUUAAAAUCAAGCUGCAGCUAUGGGACACCGCCGGACAAGAGAGAUUCAGGUCCAUCACCACUUCCUACUAUCGCAACUCUGUGGGCGGCCUCUUAGUCUUCGACCUGAUGAACAGGAAGACCUUCGAUCACGUGCGGGAAUGGCACCGAGAGGUCAGCGAGCACAUCCUGCCUCAUCACAUGGUCUACAUCCUCAUCGGCCACAAGAGCGACCUGAGCCGCGACCGCAAGGUGACGCGGGACGAGGCGGAGCAGCUGGCGGCCGAGCUCGGCAUCCGCUACGUGGAGACUUCAGCCAAGUGCAACAGCAACGUGGAGCGUGCUUUCCAGCUGCUCACACGGGACAUCUAUGAGCUGAUGAAGAUGGGCGAGAUCUCCACACGCGACGGCUGGGAUGGGGUCAAGAGCGGCCUCACCGCUAAAGUUCUGUACCCCGCCGAGGAGGAGGCGGAGCGAGAAAAGAGCUGCAACUGCUGACUCCCACGAUCCACCUGCAAUCACUCACCUGUGUAUCAGUCGGUCGUCACUUUCACUAACAUGUCGCAUCACGGUCACUGCCUCAGGCCUGGACCGCUGCACUCACCUCGUUGUUGCUGUCUGAGGUUAAUGGCACAAGCCACUCAAAGGUGUAGUAUAUUUGGGCUUGAAUGGACAGGCCCUGCUUCACAUUGUUGGGGAUCACAGACAUGUUGUGAAGUUUGCAGCAAUCUUGCGGAUAAACAUUUUUAGAGUGUAGUUGUACUUCACAUCCUCUGGAGCUAAUACGGUUUAUUUGGCUUAUUCCUUUCCGUUUAACCAGGGUACACUGUAAAAAAUGACCGUGAAUUUAA